AUGGAUGAACAUGAAGACCAUGACACAGCCACAGCUGUAGCAGAACAGACAGAAACACAGAAACAGUUGGAGAGGGAUUUCAAACAGAGGGAUUUCAAACAGAAAAUCCAGGAGAGAGAGAAGGAGUUGCAGGAGGUGGGGAAGGCUGUGGAGACUCUCAAGAGCUCUGCACAGACAGCGGUGGAGGACAGUGAGAGGGUCUUCACUGAGAUGAUCCGCUCCAUUGAGAGAAGGCGCUCUGAGGUGACAGAGCUGAUCAGAGCUCAGGAGAAGGCUGAGGUGAGUCGGGCUGAAGAACAUCUGAAGAGACUGGAGCAGGAGAUUGCUGAGCUGAAGAGGAGAGAUGCUGAACUGGAGCAGCUUUCACACACAGAGGACCACAUCCAUUUCCUCAAGAAAGUCGCCUCAAGCAGAGACUCCCCUCGCAUAACCUUCAGUCUAAGUGUCUCUUUUAAGGCUGUGAAGAAAUCUGUCUCCCUUAUGAAGGCACAGCUCGAUGACAUCUUCAAGCAGCAAGGACCCAAGAUAUCUGCAGCAGUGUCUGAUGUCCAGGCUUCUCUUCCUUUACCAACAAUCAGAGAGGAGCUCUUGCAGUAUUCCUGUCACUUCACACUGGAUCCAAACACAGCAUACAGAGAACUCCAUCUGUCUGAUGGGAACAGGAGGGUGGACUGCAGAACUGGGCAGUCAUAUCCUGAUCAUCCCGAGAGAUUUGAUAAGUGGUGUCAGGUGCUGUAUCAGCUCUGUGCCCAGUAUCUGGAGGGUGGGGUGCAGCAGUAG